AUUAAGUAUUUUUGUCUAUGAUCUUCUAUGUAUUUAUUAGCGUCACCGGCACAUGCUUAUCUAAUCAAAUAAACAACUCAGCGAUGGACUGAAGUACGAACUUUGCGCGGCAAGAACUGAGCUAAUCGGAGAACUAUUAUCGAUACUACAUAACUACAUCGCGCGACAUACAAACAAAUUUCGGGUGUCCAAUCGGUGGUUGAAUCGAGCACGCACUCAUUUGUUGGCGCUGCCAUGCGUUAUACCGAACGCCGGUCUAUUGACGCUACGCUGCUCAAGCGUAGUGGCGAUGAGGAAGCGAACGCAGUUGAAAACGUCGCGUACGUAACGAAGGACACGAUGUACAAACGUAAAAAGUGCACCAUACUGCUCGUAAUACUUGUGACCUGUGCCAGUUUUCUGGGUAUCGUGCAUUUGCUAAGUAAUGCACCCGAAUUUAAUCAGUACCGCAUACUACGCGCCUAUCAGCGACAAAUUCGAAAUGAAGCAACAGCUAUCGACGCCGGCCGACCGCGCACCAUACUCUUGUGGAAUAGUUUUUUCAAAAAUAAACGUUGGGGUUUCGACGAGGAUACGCUUGGUCCGGACUACUUUCGCGAUAAAAUGAAUUGUCCGGUGUACCGUUGUGAUUUGACGAAUAACCGCGACUUUUUGCCUGCAAUUGAAAUGUACGAUGCUGUGCUCUUCCAUGUGGCCGAACCGUUUCCGCUAUUGCAUUCCGUGCCGCGUGUACGUGCACCGCAUCAGCUGUACGUGUUCGCCUUAAUGGAACCGCCGGGCGAGACUAAACAUGUGCUCUCCGACGAGGGUGGCUUCUACAAUUUGACCAUGAGCUAUCGACUCGAUUCGGACCUGCUGUGGCCCUAUCAAAUGUUCGAAGAUAUUGAAACUGACGCGGUAGUGGCGCCGGCGAUUCGACCCAAGUGGCGUCAAGCACCAGCCGUGUGGAAUGACACGAAUGUUUCGCAGUUAUGGGAGGGUAAAACUCGUAUGGCGGCUUGGUUUGUGUCGCAUUGUGAGACGCUGUCGAAACGUGAAAAAUUGGCAGCGGCAUUGCAGGAGCACAUUCCCGUGGAUAUUUAUGGGAAAUGCGGCAAUUUCAGCUGCCCCUACACCUCAAAUGAAUGUGAUGAACUAUUGGAUAAAAGUUAUAAAUUCUACUUCUCGUUUGAGAAUUCGCUAUGUAACGACUAUGUGACCGAGAAGCUGUACAAUGCUAUGAAACGCUAUGUGAUACCAGUUGUAUUUGGUGGCGCCGACUACAGUCGCUUCGUGCCACCACACUCGGUGAUAGAUGCCGAAGAUUUCGAAAGCGCUGCAGAGCUUGCUGCGUAUCUUCGUUAUGUGGCCACGCAUCCGGAGGAGUAUAUGCGUUACUUCUGGUGGCGACGCUACUAUCGCCUGACUUUUCGUUCACCAUUUUGUGAUCUCUGUGCGAAGUUGCAUAGUGUGCCUUUUAGGCAGAAAACACAAACAUAUACGGACAUCGAGAAGUGGUGGAUGGGUGAUCAGUGUCGUUUUGAGGCUAAAAUUAAUUUUUAAAACUCAGAAAGAGGUGCAUAAAUCUAUGUAGAUGAAAUAAGUGCAACUAACUAUAAACAUAUGUCUAUAUUUGUAACCUAAAAAUUAGUCGGUUUUCGUAUUUUUAAGUAGUUAUAACAAAGAAAAGUGCUGUUGUAUUAUAAAGGUAAUGUCUAUAUAAAUUAUUUUAUGUGUAUAUACAUAGGUACGUUGGCGAGCUGUCUUCGAUUUGCCAAACACUGCAGAGUAGUGAAUCGAACAAACAACUCGCAUGUAUGUGAAAUACUUCUACAUAUCAGAAAGAGAUACAAAAUAAAGAGGCUAACAGUAUAUUCUCUUUUGCGAAUUUCGUAUUAAAAAUGAGUUUUUCACUUUCACAUGCAAAUUCUGUUGACAAGAGAGCAGAGCACAAAGCAAGGUAGCAGAGCAGUGGCGAAUCGAAGACAGUUUUAAAAGUUUUCAUUUGGAAUAGUCUUUAGUUUGUAGCAUAAAAGUACGAUAUAUUUAGAACAAACACACUGUGCCUUCAUAAAUUGCCUUUAUAUGAAAUUUCCUACUAAAAUUUUAAUAAAAAAAUGAUUUUGAAUAAACACUUUUAGUACUUAAAUCCAAA